GAAAAAAAAAAUACACAUGGGUUACUUAAUUGUCAAAUUGUUUGCUUAAUUUAGGUAAACUUUUCUAGAACCCAUAAUUGGACCAUUGUAAUGUUGUUAUCCUCGAACCAUUUGAGUUUUUAUUUUUCUAUUGAAGAGUGUUGUGAUUUGUUAUUUUCCCUUUGUUUUGUAAAGGGGGCAAGAUGUUGUUAAUGAUAUUACUACACAGAAGACAAUGGCACUUUGAAUAUGCCAUUGACUUGAUCAAAUAACAACAUAUUUCCGGUCCUUUAAAUGUUGAAAACCUACCCAGAAUCUUAUCCCUUUUUACCCACUUGAAAGGCCAAUUGCACAUACAAUUUCUUUCCCAUUUUUCGAUUUGGAAUUUUCACUCGUCAAAUUCUAAUAUGGAUGUAUAGUGCCAUACUAUAAUCCGGUUUAAUAAUUACCAAUGAUGGAGCCAGAAAUUCGAAUGAGAAUAAUAAAAAUUUAUUCACGGAAAAUUUAAACUGACGAGAGGAGCUAACGUCUUAUCAACUACUAUAUUUUGCCAAUUUAUUACAAAAGUUACAUGAUUUUGAAAGUUGAUGGGGGCUAUAGCCUCCCGUAGCUCUGCCACUAGUAAUUACAUUCACAUAAUGAUUUAGCACAGUGAGAAAUUACAGGUGUAUUCAAGUCUUGAACUUUUUAGUCUUGAAGGUAAAAGACUAAUAACAUUUCAUCCUUGCAAUUCGAUUCCAACUUAAGGUAAUGAGUAGACAUGACAAUGAGUCGAUUCAUUAGAUAAUUUGACCCAAUUGUCAUCAUCCAUAUAAGUAUUGAGUUGGGCUAAAACGGACUCAUAUGCACUUUCAAUGAUUUCGAGUUUGAGUAUGAAAUGGAUCAUGUUUGGGUUAAUUCAUUUGGGUUAGAUCCAAAACGGGUCUAACUGGGUCUAGAUUACUGUAUAUCAUUGAUUAAUCAUGGUUGAUCCUAAGACCCAAAACUAUCUCCAACCACUCUCUUUUUUCCGUUGAUUGUUUAACUCAAUGGUUUUUUUUUUAAUUAUCCAUGAACCUCAGACCCACGUGCCACUUUGCGACAGCGAGUCCUAAUAAAUCUGAUUGCCACAUGCAUUCAAUUCGACGCCAACUAGACUUCGCCCCCAACAACUUUAUACUUCAAGAACACCAACAGGGUUUCGAAAAUAGAGUAUGAUGGAUGUUUGCAUCCUCACAUUACACUAACACACUCUUUCAUAGAGAAAAAAAAAUUAACAUAAAAAAAUCUGGAAAUUUCUAACGGCUCCCAUUCAUCCAUUCAGCAAGACAUCUUCACAACUACUGCUCUACCCUUUUCUCCUUGUUUUUCCAUUCAAGCUAUAAAGAAAAACAAAACAAAGCAAAACAGGAAGCACCUCAGAUUUUGCUCCCAAACAUAUUCCACAGAAUCUUCUUCUCCUUUCUCCCAUCUUCCAUCCCCACACCACCAAUUAUACUCUCCCAUUUCCCCUCUCUCUUCCUCUAAAUUUCCCCCAUCCCCUGUUCUCAGUUGCUUCCUUGGAUACCCACACCAAAAACAAAAAAGCCUCCAACUUGCUUCUUCUACAGCAGACUUUUGGACCGAAUAAAUAAACAAAGAUCGCUUUUUUUCUACCCGCAACUUCUUCCACUUGGCCACAGGACCAGAGGGAGUAGAAACAGAAAGAGGAACUGUAUAAAGGGAGGGCCGAAUCAUGUGUGUUCAAGACGCAGAGAGCGUUGCUCAGGAAGCGGAAAUGGAGGAGGAAGAGAAGAUGGAGAAGAACGACGGCGGUGGAGUAGGAGGAAGCAGCGGCGGCGGUGAUAACAGGAAGCAAGCUCGGCCGUUCAGGCCUGCCCAGAUGGAGAAUUGGGAUAAAGACUCUUCCUUUAUGGCUUCUGGCGCCGGAAUCAGUGUCGGCGGCAACUCCUGCCCUCUGGAGAGCAUUAGUGAGGAUAGAGUCUCAACAGAAAGGAGGACGACAAACUUUGUUCCUGCCCUUAGGUCUGGGGAGUGGUCUGAUAUUGGUGGCCGCUCUGAAAUGGAGGACACUUAUGUUUGCAUUAGUGACUUGGCCAAGAAGUUUGGUUAUGAUGAUCUGCUGACACAGGAGACCAUUUCUCUCUAUGGUGUAUUCGAUGGCCAUGGGGGUAAAAGCGCGGCACAGUUUGUCCGAGACCACUUGCCAAGGAUCAUUGUUGAAGAUGCAGACUUUCCUCUUCAGAUGGAGAAAGUGAUUACACGUUCAUUCGUUGAGGUAGAUGCUGCAUUUGCAGAAUCUUGCUCUUCUGGUUCCACGAUCUCGUCUGGUACAACUGCACUAACCGCUAUGAUAUUUGGGAGGUCAAUGCUCAUAGCAAAUGCAGGUGACUGCAGGGCAGUCUUAUCUAGAAAUGGAAUGGCGAUUGAGCUAUCCAUGGAUCAUAGGCCAUGCAGCAUUAUCGAGAGACUCCGAGUUGAGUCAUUGGGUGGGUACGUCGAUGAUGGUUAUCUCAACGGCCAGUUGAGUGUUACACGUGCAUUGGGAGACUGGCAUCUCGAAGGGAUGAAGGACGCAGGAGAAAAGGAUGGUGGUGGCGGCCCACUGAUUGCUGAACCAGAGCUCAAGCUAAUCACAUUGACACACGAGGAUGAGUUUCUGAUCAUAGGUUGUGAUGGAAUCUGGGAAGUGUUCUUCAGCCAGAAUGCAGUGCACUUCGCUAGGAGGAGGCUUCAGCAGCACAAUGAUGUGAAGCAGUGCUGUAAAGAAAUGGUGGAGGAAGCUAUCAAACGAGGAGCGACUGACAACUUGACAGUUGUCAUCGUAGGCUUUCACUCCGAGCCCCCUCCAUCAACUGUAGUUCCAAAGGGGAGAGUGAGGAGGAGCAUCUCUGCUGAGGGACUGCAGAACCUGAGAUGUCUACUACAAGGAUAAUGCCGAAAAAAGUUGGCUUCUUUUCGGUUUUCUUCACCCAUACUUUUAGGAAGGGUAGAAGCUAAUCAAUAAUGGUGUAUAAC